AUGAAGGCUAUGUUCGACGGUUCUGGCAGCAACGUGACCAUAAACCAAUCAACUCCAAACCCUCCACAGUUUGGGGGCGCAGCUUAUCACAUCCCCGCCUCCCACGCAGAGGAAGUCCAUGCCUACCUGGACGAUAGAGAAAUAGACGGCUACACAGUCCACUUCACCCCCUUCUACGCUACACCAUCUGCCACUACCACCACUAACGACAGCAGCAGUUCUACUGCUAACAAUGUCACAUCUCAAACAUCCCCCAUAACUUGCAUGGUCUACAUCGGUCUCCCCACAAACACACAAUUUCUCCGCAACCCCGCAGACCGUGACCCUGACAACAUCGCGCGCGUCAUCAGCCAGAGCUGCGGCCAGAGCGGCGAGAAUCGUGAGUAUUUGUACUUAUUAGAGAAAGCGCUGGAAGGCCCUGAGUUUGCUAGGGGAGUGAACGGGAAUGGGGAUGGGAAUGGGAAUGGAAGUGUUGCGGAUAGCCAUGUAGCUGAUUUGGCGAGGAGGGUGCGGGCUAUUGAGGGGAAGGAGAUUAGUGAAGUGGAUCGAAAGAGAAGUGAGAUUGUGUUGGAGCAUUUGCCUGGGCCGGAGCUGGGGAGGGAGGAGAGGCCGAUAAUGUGGAAUUUUGUGUCUAUAACACCAUAUGGUGGACAUAGGGAUUUAUGGGACUGGAAAGGCGAAGAGAAGAAAAAAUGUAAAACAGGAAACAGGACGAGGCUAAAGAUUUGCCAGUCCCUUGGUCGGCGUGGAAAUCAUCGAUACCUCGCAUAA